AUGUUUUCCUCUUUCAGCACUCGAGAUCGACUUCGACGAUCCAGGUCUACUCGCUCCAUGCGAAGAAGUCGCGCUGUGGGAGAACCAGAUUCCGUUGAUCCAGAACUCGCCAAGAUCCAUGCCGCUGCUGCUGCAUCCCGAGCCAUGCGAUCGAGUGGAAGAUCAUCUACAGAUUCAAGGAACUCGUAUGAUCGAUUAGGUGGACCAGCGAACGUCGCUAUCCCAAGAAGACGACCAAACUCCAGCCUACAGACUACAGAUGAUAGCUACUCGGGGGUAACUAUGCCAGUUGCACCGCCAGCAACGCCUCUACAGACACCAGAAUCGAAUGGUAUAAGUCAGUCUCACUUUCGCGAGAACUCCGCUGCCUUGCCGCCGAUUACAGAAUUCAAAGGACUGGAUGGGCGAGACUCUUCAGUUCCCUCGUCCUAUCGUCGCCUGCGCAAAGCCCGGUCCAUGUUUUCUACCAGACAACGCUUGUCACAGUUGGGAAAUGGAACGCCAAACAUGCCCCAUCCCAACUCUCCUGGCCCUGACUUUAGCCCCGAAUUUGUCUUGCCGCGGACUUUACGAAAUUCGAAAUCUUUCGCCCAUGGCCCACGAGCAGUUCGACAUUCCGAAAGCCAGGAUACAGCCAUCCAACUGGCUCGCAGUCAGUUUUUGGAAGAAAAUGGUGUCUGUGAGGGACAAAGCAGGCGCCCGUCAUUUCUUCUUUCGCGCCGCAAGAGAGAGCACAAGCCAUUCCGAAAGACGUUCCGGAUGACAAGUGACGGUGGCAUUGGCACAAGCCCUUCAUCGGGUCAUUUCAGUUCUAGGCUGGCUCAUAAAAGGUCCCGUACAUUCUCAGCUUCUAUAAAGCAAGGUCUCAGGCGUGUGUUUGGUCGGUCGAAGGCUUCUGAUCGGCCUUCUGAGCCCCGGGUGGAGUCUAGCCCUGACUGUCUGAACGAGAGUGCACCUAUGCGAGACAGCAUCGACAUCAACGCUGUGAAAAACAUCAUUGAAGACCUUUCUGACAGUGCUGCAUCAAGCCCAUUGCGUGUAAUUCAGGCUUCUCCCAGUCGUGCGAGCAUUUGCACCUCUGAUUCCCGCACGACCAGUUGGACUACUUCCACAGCGGCAAACACUGUUACAACUCGGCGCACCGGGCAUCGUCAAUCUCUUUCCUUGAUCGAAGAGCAGGGAGGUUCGAAUCCGGGGCUGCCUCAGAUCCCUGCUCAGGAUAUCGAAAGCCGCCAGUCACCAUCGCGCAAACGAUCCGGCGCUCGCAAUUUCAAUCCAUGGUUCAACACUCAGGAUUUAUAUACAGCCUUGAUGCAGCAGAUUAGUCGCAACUCAGCUCAGAACCCGGAGGAGGAAGUUUCAUUGGGCAGUGUACCAGAGCAUCGAGUCAUCCCGGAGCGUGCAUCCUCCAUCCGCUCGCAUCGCAGUAAACGGACCGUUCGACGUGUGCCUAGCGUUGAGUCUUCAACUUCUCCCGGCUCCUUUGCAACCGCGCGGUGUGACUCAACUUCGCCCCAGAAACACCAAAGACCAGCUGGUGUUGUGCGACCACUCAGAGUAUCUCAAUUCUCGCGUGGGCCGGCCAGCACCCGACUGUCGACGGAGUAUUCUCAAGCGAAAUCACCUUGUUCGACAUUCAUCAUUGGUUCAGACUCUGAUGAGGAGACUGGCAGUGUAAUAAUCGCGCGCCCAAGUUCCAAAGCUGAGCCAGACUCACCGACCAGUAUUUACUCACGAACAAUCAGCGGCGAUACGCCGACCAAAGGCGGUCGCUGUAUGUUGUCUGUUUUGGACGCUGGAGAGCCAGGAACAGCAACUAUCUUCGCAUCUGAGCGAACGGCCUGGAGCUCGCCCAGUCAUCGGGGUGAGUCCCAAGCGAGAUAUUCGGUGCAGCCGAGUGCCGAUUGGCAGCAAUGGAUGAGCUCGCAGAUUGAAAGGAUCGAGCAGACAAGCCCUCCGAGACAACAUAUGCGCGAGGACGCUCAGUAUCAGGAUGAUGAUGAGGUAUUCACGGAUAUGAUUCGACAUGCUCCACCUCCAGUUCCUGAUCCAGUCUUGACCAAUCCUGCAUUCAAGUCAGAUAUACCAGAUGACGUUGUAAGACCACCUGCCGAUGCUCAGGCAUUGCCUCCGAACAAUUUCUCGCGUCCCUUCAGUCGGUCUUCUAGUGUUCGGACAAUUCUGUCUGCUCGGAGGAUUGAGCCCGAGGAGGCGACCAAGAUUCCAGCAAGCGACCUGGAGAGUGAAGCGACGACCAACUGUCCUCAACCCAUCCCGUCCUGGGCCACUGCUCAGAUUCCUGAUCCACCCUUGUCGCCGAUGCGCGUUCGAACCAGCAACGUGAUUCGGAUUCCAGAGUCGCCAACGCCACCUCAGAGAAACGGUCUGGGGCUCUUGAAACGAACAUGGACGCAGGAGCAGUAUCGGCGCUAUUCUGCUCGUCGACCCUUGAAUGGAACGGCGAAUUCAUUGCGGUCCAUACGGUCGCAUCGAGACUUUCAGGGAUUAAACAACGAGAACACUCGACAAGAACAAGAGCAUGAUGACAUGAUGAACGAGUACCACAAAUUGCAGGAGAUGCCAGCCACGAUGUCCAGCAAGCGUAUGGUUGAUAUGUUUUUGGAUAGUCGUCGCCGUCAAAUGGGAAUGGAGCCGGUGGAGAGUCCAAGUCGAAACGGGAACAAUGCCAUUGUUCCGGCAUUUAUUUGA